CCAUUCGAGUCGAUCAGAUCACAGUGUCGCUGCACCUUUUCCGUUGCAGCGCGACUCUUGCUCCGCUUCGACUUCACGCGACCUUGCGCUACCAGCGAGUCGUAACCUGACCUCCCUAUCAUUCUUCUGCCCAACGCGACCUUCGCCAGCUCUACUGCGCAUUUGAGCCCGUCCGCGCUUCCUAAUCUCUGAAGCCACCUUGACCACGCGUCUCGUCUCUCUCACCACUUCUAAAUCACUUUCCAGCAACCCACCGCCAUAAUGUCCGGAAAGCUCGACCAGUCUCUCGACGAGAUUCUCUCCACUCAGCGCCGCGGUAAGUCCAACGCCCGCGGCCGUGGAGGCCGCCGCUCGGCUGGCGGUAAGCCCACCAAUGCUGCUCCCGCUGGCGGUAUCCAAAAGAACACAAAGCCCGCUCGCAACGCUGCCAAGCCGGCGCCCGCGAAGAGUGCUGGUCUUACCGGCGAGAGCAAGAUUGUCGUCAGCAACCUGCCCAAGGACGUUUCCGAAGGCCAGAUCAAGGAAUACUUUCAGCAAGCUAUUGGACAGGUCAAGAGGGUGGAACUUUCGUAUGGGCCCGGAGGCACUAGCCGCGGUAUUGCUCAUAUCACCUUCCACCACGCCGAUGGUGCUACCAAGGCGUACAACACUCUCAACGGUCUCCUGAUCGACAACCGCCCGGUCAAGGUCGAGGUCGUUGUUUCCAAUGCUGAGUUGAUCCCUCAGCCCAAGAGCCUGACUCAGCGCAUCACACAGCCCAAGGCCCAGCCCAAGUCUGCCGCCACUGUCAAGCAUGCCGCCAACGCCCCCAAGGGUGCUGCUGCUGCUAAGCCUGGCAGCAAGAAGGGUCCCCGUCGCCCUCGUAGCGCCCGCCCUGCCAAGAAGACUGUCGAGGAAUUGGAUUCUGAGAUGGCUGACUACUUCGAGAGUGGCACCACUGACAACGCCACCGGAGCCGCGCCGGCCGCUGCCAACGGUGGUGAUGCUCCCAUGGAGGAUGAGAUUCUUUGAACGAAGGGUAUGCAUGAGGAACAGCAACAGUCGAUGACAGCGAAUGCCAGCUUCAGCGACAAUUUUGUUUGACGGAUUUCGGAUUGUCUAUGAUUGUUUUACUAUUUUAUUUCGGGUUCG